AUGAUCAACAUGGCAAAGCCCCUGACAGGAAAAAGGAAGCUGAUUUGGCAGAGCAGCGACAGUGGAGGGACGAAGGAAAUUGAGAGAACUCCACAUAUUCAAAAAGGAUCAGGCGGGUUCAGAAAACGAAAGCAUGACAAUUUUCCACAUGGUCAAAGAAGAGAGGAAAAAGAGAAUGUUAAUCCAUCUUCAGCUAUGAUGAUGUCUUUUAAAUCAUUUCAGCUGGAGCUUGACACCAGGCAUGAUAAAUACGAACGGCUUGUGAAGCUCAGUCGUGAUAUAACUAUUGAAAGCAAAAGAACAAUAUUUCUGCUCCACAGGUUUACCAGUGUUCCCAAUGGGGAAGAAAUACUAAAUGAAUCUGAAGUCAAGCUAGAUGCUGUCCGACGGAAGAUUAAGCAGGUUGCACAAGAACUGAUUGGAGAAGACAUGUAUCAGUUCCACAGAGCUAUAUCUCCAGGACUUCAAGAAUACGUUGAGGCAGUCUCAUUUCAGUAUUUUAUCAAAACACGAUCUUUGAUUAGUGUUGAAGAGAUCAACAAACAACUAAUAUUUACAGCGGAAGACAGAGAAGAAACAACAAACAUGACCUCCAAUUCCCAUGAUAAACAACCACACACGUGGAGCCUGAAGGUAACACCUGUAGAUUACCUGCUGGGAGUGGCUGAUCUAACUGGAGAGCUGAUGCGGCUGUGCAUCAGCAGUGUUGGAAACGGUGACAUAGACACGCCUUUUGAACUGAGCCAGUUCUUAUGUCAGAUUUAUGAUGGUUUUACUUUCAUUGGCAACACUGGACCUUACGAAGUAUCUAAGAAGCUGUAUACCUUGAAACAGAGUCUGGCAAAAGUAGAGAAUGCCUGCUACACAUUAAAAGUACGGGGAUCUGAAAUCCCAAAGCACAUGCUGGCUGAUGUGUUCUCCACCAAAACGGAAUUGAUUGACCAAGAGGAGGGCCUUUCUUAAAAUAAGGAGACUGUCGCAACUCAGAAAGGAAGAGGACUUAGAGAAAGAUUUUAGUUAUGGUUUGUGGGGUUUUGACCCUUCUCAAAGCUCUUUAGGUAGAGACAUUUUUAGUUUUAUCUAUGAGAAGAUUGUUUGCAGUGGUAAUUUGUAACCAAAAAUACUUUUUAUGAUGUGCAAGAGAACAAAUGUUUGACUUUGUCCUCUCGGUAUGGAAUUUCCUGUAUUGCUCCAUUGUAUCUUCUUUCAGAAUGGCCAAAAUUUCCACUUUGCUCUACCCCAGUGACUGCCAGUUGUGUGAGUCACCUCAAACUGUUGUGGUUGCUGUUACCAGUUUUCAGCAAGCACAGCAGUGGAAAAAGAAAUGGUUAGGUACUGUUAUUUAGCAUUAUCCAUAGGUUUCUGCUGACACCUGUUUUCUGAAUUUGGGGGUUCUAUACUCAUGUCAUACCCAAAACAAGGCACCUAUAUAUGUGUAAAUUCAUCCCUUGACUUGAAACUGAGGUGGUCUCAAAGGUGACAUGUAACUUAAGUUUUCUCUGAUUAAUGCUUUUGAGCAUGAAACUGAAGCUCAGUCAACUUUUCAACAAUUGAUAAUGAAGCUAAUUACACCAGGUAAAUACUACUGUGCACUCAUUAUUUCGGGGCUCCGGUUAAAUUCAGCUCUGUUUAAGUUAACACUGGUACUUCACAGUUUUGACAUGAGCUAGAAAAUCCACAAAAAAAAAAUAUUGGGGAAUGUAUUGGUUUACAUUUUUUGUAAUACAGUUCAACGCAGAAUCUGACAUCCUUCUGUUUGUAGACAAAAGCAGAUCAUCUACCAAGUAUGUUUAACAUGAAUAAUUUGGUGUUAGGACAAGCAGGUUUUGGCCAAAACAAAUGUGGUGUGGUGUUGGAAGUCUGUUCUCCAUUGUUUGUGCUGCCCUGAGGACCUCCAGCGGGGGUGAACUGGUAUUAGUGAAAAAAGGCUAGCCAAGCUUUAAAUAUCUGUUAGCAAGGACUAUAUCAUGUGCAUGUUCCUAUGGAAAGGAAAUUGCAAACAGAAAUAAGGCAGACAUUCUGACUUCCACAUUUAUCUUUGAGGUGGGUAUGUCACCAUUGGCAAAAAAUCAGGGCUUUCUGCCGGUGUCUGAAGUUAUGAAAGUCUGAUAAUGUACAUUAUGCUAAAGGAAAACAGAUAACAUGAUCUUUAGACUCCAGGAAAUAGGCCUCCCAACUGCAAUUGAAAAUACUGCGUGUUUUUUAUUUCCACUUCCAUAUGCUGUGAUACUGCCAAUAUUUUUCCCAUGAGCAUGUCCUGAGUAGCUGGGAUCAUCUGAUACAUGGAUAGGAACGGGUAAAUACAUUUCUGUCACAUUUUUCCAUUGUUUCCACAUAAAGCAAUAUGUGGUGGGUUGAACAAGGAGUGGCUUUUUUCCUAUUGUUUAAUACUAUUUUUUACAAUAAAUUCUGAAAAGCAGUCACUGCCUGUACGUUGGUCCUUUUGCCCGUUGGUCCCAGCAGUAAAAAACAGUGCGAGUUUCCCACUGUGCAGGACUUGACUUGGAAAUUUCACUCCAUUCCUAUAUUCAUACUUUGAGGGGCACUUUCUAAUCCUGAAUCUCUUUUCUUUUUCUCCCUAACUUUAUUCUGUGAAGUCUAAAAACUAGUUAGGAUAGAAACUUUAUGUGAUCCUCUUGAAUUAAAAAAAUGCAAAGGAUUCAGAUGACAAAACGAGUUUAUCGCUGGAAUAAACCUGCAAUGGUACCCAC